GGGCGGGCGGGCGGCGGCGUUAAGGGCCGGGGUGACCGCACUUGUUGCGGGUUUGGCGGCGCUGCCUGCUGGGCGACCGAGCAUGGUCUGGCAGUAGCGCGGAGAGGGGCACGGGUGGGCCUGGCCGCCGUCGCCAUGGGGCGGUACUCGGGGAAGACGUGUCGCCUCAUCUUCAUGCUGGUGCUCACGACCGGCUUCUUCGUGGCCGAGUUGGUGUCGGGCUACCUAGGCAACUCCAUCGCGCUGGUGUCCGACUCCUUCAAUAUGCUCUCGGACCUCAUCUCCCUCUGCGUGGGCAUCUCCACGGGGCGUAUCGCCCGCCGCAGCCGCCGAGGCCCCCGCGCUACCUACGGCUACAGCCGCGCCGAGGCAGUGGGGGCCCUCAGCAACGCUGUCUUCCUCACCGCCCUCUGCUUCACCAUCUUCGUGGAGGCCAUCCUCCGCCUUGCCCGGCCCGAGCCCAUCGACGACGCCCAGCUGGUGCUCAUCGUUGGCACCCUCGGCCUCGCCGUCAACCUGGUGGGGCUGCUCGUCUUCCAGGACUGGGGCGCCUGCUGCCGCCGCCGCCGCCGCCGCUCGUCCGUCCCGCCGCCCCCUACCGCCACGCUGCGGGCUGUGCCCGGUAGCACCCCGGCUGGGGAGGCGGAUCAAGCAGGUGAUGCACCAAAUGACCAAAAAAGCCCUGAGGAAGGGUCUGAGAAGAAAAAAGAGAAAAAAUCUGAAGCUUUGAACAUAAGAGGUGUUCUGUUGCAUGUUAUGGGAGAUGCACUUGGAUCUGUGAUUGUGGUAAUUGCUGCUACAAUCUUCCACGUACUUCCUCUGGAGAAUGCUCCAUGUAACUGGCAGUGUUACAUUGAUCCAAGCCUGACAAUAAUUAUGGUGUUCAUCAUCUUGUCAUCCGCAUUCCCACUGAUCAAGGAGACCUCAGUUAUUUUGUUGCAGAUGGUUCCCAAAGGUGUCGAUAUGCAGCUACUGACUGACAGACUAGCUCGUGUGCCAGGGGUUAUCAGCCUUCAUGAGAUGCAUGUUUGGGAGCUUGCAGGUGGGAAGAAUAUUGCUACCCUUCAUAUCAAGUGCCAAACACCUACCGAUUACCAAGAUGCUGCUUAUAAAAUACGGAAGGUUUUCCAUGAUGCAGGGAUCCAUUCUGUGACCAUCCAGCCUGAGUACACUGACCACAAGACCUCCCAGCUCCUGUGCAGCUCACCCUGCAUCUCAGAAUCUUGUGACUCUCAUCUGUGCUGCAGUCAGCAUGAGCGUUCCCUGGUUAAAACUAAUGGCUACACUGAGAAAAAUGAUAGUUCCCUUUCUGUGCUGCACAGAGACAAUGGUUCAAGUAAAAAUCAUAUUGAAAUACCUGUUGAGUACCCACUGGCAGAGGAUAGCAUCAAAAAUGUGAAAAAUGGUGACAGGUCCAAUGACAAACCACAGUUAGGCAGCACACGACUUUAGGCAAUACCCUCUAUUCCAUGUGGUGCGUUCACAGAACAAAUACAUCCUGCCUGGGAAGGGGGUCAGCAGUGGUUGUGGCUGAAGUUAUGGCAACAAGAUUUCUGUGCUUUAGCUGUAAACCAAAAUACACCUUAACCCCCUCCCCACCUCGUAUCUGAAAUAAGGAUUAAUAUUUCCAUGAAGGGUGUUGUGUUCAUCUAAGAUUUUUCUGAUGCAGCCUAACCCAGUUCCUUACCAAACUGUGUGUGAAUCUCUGUUGUUAGAGCGGAUGGGGCAUGUUGCUGUCUGCACUGAUGCUUGCAGUUAAGGGCUAGUGGCACUGGGAAUAAAACUCUGGCCUUUUCUGCUGAAGUGAGCCGUUUCUUGAAAGCCUUGUGGCCAGUUAACCAUUGUGCUGGGCUGAACUACUGUGUGUUUAUGAAGGACUUCAGUAGAGAUGCUCUACUGAUCCUGAAACCCCAUUUUUGCAUAGGCAGUUCAUGUUUAACAGUAGCACUCGCGCUUCUGGCCAGUGGGGUUUGUGAGUGUCCAAGGAGGAGGGGAAGCACUCAGGAAUUUUGACUUGCAUUGUUUUCUUGAUUGACUCCUUUGUUUAGGGACAGAGCAGAAGCUGGUCUGGCUUCUCUUCUGGUAAUACUGGAGUCCUAGCCUAAUCACAGACAGUUAUGCUAAAGAAUAGACUUCCUAUCAUGAAAGCAAAGCAAAGACAAGCAUUGUCUGCACUGAUUCUAGCAAAUGGAAUUUCAGGCAGUCAUCCAAUUAACUUUUACCUUGUUCACUGUCGUGAUUGUACAAUUCAGUCUAUUUUUUAAUCUUUUGUCUCCUCACAACAGAAGUUAUGGUAUCCACACUCUAAAUUCAUCAUUAUGCAGGAUCUUUGCAGUAUCUUUAUACUCGAGUGUCUCUCAUUUUUCACGUCGAAUAAAUAAGCUGAUGCGUUUAUUGUGAGCAGUUAAAACUCUGCAGUUCUCUUGUUAAGACAUAAUUUAAUAUUAAUUAAGAAAGUCCCUUUGAAAGUUUAGAUGCAGUAUUAUCACUUAGGGUGAGUUUUAAAACAACAACAACAACAACAAAAAACCAACAGGGACUUUUUUUCCAGGGUUAGUCUCAGUUAUUUCUUGUUUGCUUGUUUUAAAGGUCUAAGCCCUCCUCUCUGCCCUGCCCCUUCUCCCCUUGCCCAAAGGUGUAUUUCAAAGUCUAUUUAGUGAAGCAGUUCCAUUAUCUCUAUGCUGCUUGCUCUCUUUGAAGGCAUGCAAAGGUAGUAGGCUGAGGAAAACAAGUGGACGUGCCCUGUCACCAGUGCUGGAUUUGGCCUAGGUGUGUUCUCGAGGUUUCUGGGAGAGGAGACCCAUUAUCUAAUCAACACUAGGUGUAGUGCUUAACCUCACUGGCUGUGCAGAUCAGAUCCAGAAGCAUUCAGAUAUGUUUUGCUGUCAAAAGCAGAAUGGUUCGUGUGGCCUGGCCAGGCUUUCAUUCAUGGGGACACCUACAUAAAAUAGUGGUGUCUUUACCUCAGUAACACCUAAGCAGAAAGGGCAAAUUGACUUCCUGCCUGGGCUGGGAGAAUACCAGGAUCUCCUUUUAAGGCUAACUUGAAAGCAGUUAGUUGCUUAUUAGCAAGGAUGAUGACUAACUUAAUGAGUAUUGACAGGACAAGGGAUAGUGGCUUUAAAGUGAAAGGGAGUAGGUAGACAUGAGAUGUAAGGAAGAAUUUCUUCACUGUGAGGGUGGUGAAGUACUAGAAUGGAUUGCCCAGAAAGACUGUGGGUACCCCCUCCCUGGAAGUGUUCAGGGUCAGGCUGGAUGAGGCUUUGAGCAACCUGGUCUAGUGGAAGAUAUCCCUGCCCAUGGCAGGGGAGUUGGAGUAGAUGAUCUUUAAGAUCUCUUUCAAUCCAAACCAUGCUAUGAUUCUAUGAAUAUUAAAACAACACAGCAGGAUAUUUUGCUGCUUGGAAAAUGGUAUUUACUGAAGCAGCAAUUGCAGUCUAAAUAGCACAUUCCUAUAUUGGUAGCCAUCAUUUUGUUUUUGCACACAUUCUUAGGUGAAUUAAUAUAUGUGAUAGCCUUCCAUUGUAGGUUUGUACUAUAGACACUGAAAUAUGUGUUAGCACAAUUAAAAGCUUGAUCCUCCAGUCUUUUGACUCUGUUGGCAGCAGCAGAGGGGAAAGCAGCAGGAUCUUGCUUGGCAGUUGUUGCACGAAUUAAUGUAAAUCAGGAAACAUUUUAAAAGCCUGUGGCAUAAAGACAGCCCUUUCUUCUUUUGGUCCUUAUUUUUAACUAUGAUAGUGUUUAAGUGUCACUGUUUAGGUGUAAAUAAAAAAACCCCAUCGUGUUUAUAGGUUUGGUUUUUUUUGAAGGACUGGAAUAGAAAGCUCCCAAAAUAACAACAAAGUCUACAGAGAGCUCAGUUUCCAGAUGGCCUGUAAAAUGAGCACCCUUGAGUAAUUAUGCUUUUGUGUCUUACAUCAGGUAAUUUUUUUGUUGUUGUUUGAUGUAUAUAUUGUAUUAAAUGGUUGAAAGAUGAAAUGGCAGUAUUGUUUACUCUGGAAUUACAGAAAAGUAGCCUGUGAAGUGUUUGGGCAUUAGACAAAAUGGGCCACCUUUUUCUUUUGUCCUUCUAGUGUUUGUUCAAACUGUGGCUAUCUGUUGGGGUUUUUUUUUUAAGCUUUUGGAAGUGUUGUCACCUGAAAAUACAAUGAAGCAAUGUUCUCCAACUUUUCUUCUUGUUUGCCUGAAUGUACUGUAAUUGUUGCCUGGGAAUAAAUGGGACAAUACUAAGGACCAUAAAAAUCAUCAGGUCUAGAAAACAAGCAGAUUUAAAUUUACUUUAUUACUUAAGCAAGCAAAACCCACAGAGUUGUGUUAUUGAUGAGAUGAACCUUGGUUUUUUUUUGCCAUGUAGAGACUUUCAGGGUAUUCAGCUAAGGAUUCUGACUCAAUAUCCUUGCCUUCCUCUGAGUUCUGCAUCAAAGUAUUUUUCUCCUCUGUUGUGUGUCAUAGCUAGGCUGUACUGGGUGUCCUCUCUCUACUUACCUAGAAGACUUCAAUCUAAUCAGUGUGUAUAUUGACUUAUUUCCCUUCAAUUCUUGUCAUUUGUCUGCUAACUCUCUUGAAGCAGGCUUACCUCAUGUUGAAAUAUUUCAGUAUUUGCCCUUAACUAUGGGCACUUGUUCUAAAUUCAUCUAUGUAGCAUAUUGUACUGUCAUAAAAUCUCCUUUCUGGCCUCUAGCUUAAUUGCCUCUUUUUUCCCUUUCAAUUCAGCAUCAUAGAAUUUCUGACUAUUGCAUGUUGGUUGUACUACUCUGUCGUCUUCAAGUACUCCCUUAUGACUGCAUCAUGAUCACAUUUGGGUUUGCCCCCAAUGAUUGCCCCUAUCUGUUCCUCUUUUUCUGGGGAGGAACUUCUUUAAGGGUGGUGGAACACUACAGCAGGCAGCUCAGAGAGGUGGUGGAGUCUGUCUCUGGAGGCAUUCAAAACCUGACUGGAUGUAUUCCUGUGUGACCUUCUUUAGGUGAACCUUCCUUGGCAGGAAGGUCACUUCCAAGCAGUACCAUUCAGUGAUUCCAUGAAAUGCAGGUGACUGUCAACUGGUUAGCCAGCUUAUGUGGCUCUCUCCUCCAGAACCAGCCAUAUAUGCUACACAGCUGUAGGACAACAAAAUAUUUGCUAGCCUUGCCUGGCAGUUUUGGAGUAAGAGUGAAAUCUGGAAUGAAUUAACAUGGCACUGAAUGCAAAAGCAAUUUACUGGACCUUUUCUUAAAGCAAAUCAAUUUUUGUCACCUUUUCAAGUGUGCCCAACAUGACUAUUUGAUUGUUGACUCCUCCUUCUGUAACUCUUGAAAGGCAAAUCUUGGCUUUGCUCUUCUAUGUAAAGAAAAAUAAUGGAUGUUAUUUUUAGGAGUUUUGCCUUUGCUUUAGCAGAUUUUCAGACAGCUUCCUUAUGUUAUUUGUGGCACUUGUUUUGACUUGUAGUGCAGCUGCUUCCCCCCCCUAAUUUUCCAUGUUGUCUCUUCAAUAAAAGCAGUAUGGUUUUGCUACCUUUUUGAUCAUGGUGGUGUACCUAUGAUACAGUUUAGAAAUACCUCUUUUAUGCACUGGUUAAAUUUUUGCACUGUGUUUUAUCAAAAUUUAGCCACUUUCUGGUUUGUUUUUUUGUUUUUUAAUGAUGUGUUGCACCUUACCAUUACAAACCUCCUUGGACCUCGUUUAGUUCCUCCUGUUCUUUCCCCCUCUCCUACCUGAUUUAUGACACUUUCUGUCCUGAUGUUCCUUUUCAUUCUGAACUUUGAAGGGAAUAUGCCAGUAUCUGAAUCAUCCCCAAAGUGAAAUUCACCACCCAAAGUCUAUGGAUGGCUUGAUGUGAGCUGCUCCAAGAACUGUUUUAUGUCCUGUGGUCUGUGUAGAAGUGUUGUCUAAGUGGCCAUCCUGAGAUAUAUAUUUAUAUAUACACUUCUAUUACUUAUAAACACUCCACCUGAACCAACUUGUUAAAGAGGGUUGAUUCCUAAACCUAAGAAGGUAUAAUGAAAUCAGUAGGGUUCAUCAGUCAUUUAUUAAUGCCUUUGGGAAAAGCUUGAAUUGGCUAAUUGGAAAGCAGGUAAAAAAGGAUGUUUCUGAAAAGGUAAUUCAAGAGCUAUGAUAAUUUCCACAGGUUCUGCUACUUUGCCAUGCAGUGGGAACACUUUCUGUGUUUGAAUAGUGAUACCUUGGUAAGAGGAUGUCACUGUACAAGAAUGUUACAUUAUGGAGUUGUGUUGCUGAAAAGUUUCCUCCACUUUUUCCCUUCCUUAAAUCGCAUAAGUAAGGUGCCAAAAUGUAAUUUCCAGGAUUGCUGACUCAAUGAUUUGGAAAUCUCACUGUGGUUUUAUCAACUGUUAGUGAAAAAUUACUUAAAGUUUUAUGUACAGUUGUUUGGUUUGGUUUCUUUUUUUUUUUUUUUUUUUUCCAAAUGAAGUUUUAAUGUCUGUAAAUAAAGUGUAUUUUUAAAUAAACCUCUCGAGCUUGAUGUG